GCUACAAAUACUCGAUGUUGCAUUGAGGAAUUGUCACUCUUAUUUGGUCGCGGUGGUAAGCGGAGCGGCCAACACGCCAGAGAGCUGUGGUGACAGGGUGGAGAAGACUGAGACUCUUACCAGACUGUUGCGAAGAAGUAGUGUGUUAAGAGGCAGCUAGAGUGAUGGUUCAAACGCUUCAGGAGGCCCUGGAGGACCCAGAGAUAAUCCGCGGCCUACAACACCACCCCAGGACCUUCAGGUUCACGGAGGAGGUGAGGGUGGUGCUGACGGUGGUGGAGCGGCCGCCUCACCUUUAUGUAAAGGAACAGGAUGAUGGCAGCCUCAGUGUAUCGGGACCCAUGGCUAAUGUCCUCCAUGUUAUGGCGAGCUCACUCAACUUUACGUACCAUCUGAUCAGACCUGUUGACAAAACAUACGGAUACAAGAUGGACAAUGGGACCUGGUCUGGCAUGACAGGUCACAUCCGAAGGAAGGAAGCGGAUAUUGCUCUAGCACCAUAUACCCGCACCGAGGACAGGAAUAAAUACCUCGAAUUUACUGAUUCAUUAUACUCUGAUGUUCUACAAUGUGUUGCGGGAAAAGGCCAACCAGAAAUCGACCCGUGGGGAUUCCUGUUUCCGCUGGAUUCCGUGGUUUGGACGGCACUGUUGGCAUCCCUGGUGAUAGCUUGGUUGGCAAUGGUGGUGCUUGGCAGCAACAAUAAUAAAAAGAGUGUUGGACGCUUCACAUGGAUCACUGACUUAUUUCUAGAACAUCUAAGAGUAGCCCUUCGUCAAGACUUGCGCUUGGGGCAGCGACGUGGUAGUGAAAUGUUGUUGGUGUUGGGGUGGAUGGUUGUGACGAUGAUGGUGAUGUGGAGCUACAGUGGCAACUUGGUCUCUCUACUGGCGGUGCGAUACAUCUCCAAGCCGUUGCAGACCCUCAGGAACCUGCUCGACUCCUCCGUCACUCUGAUCAUGACGCGCAACGACGUUUUUAUUGAUUUCCUUCUCACAGUGAAGAGUGGUGAGUUGCAGGAGUUGGGAAAUCUAUACAAGGUGGGUCGGGUCAAAUACCAGUUAUCAAAAACCUUCCCGGACGUGAUGGAGAAGCUGGUCACCAAGGGUCACCACGUCCUCUUCAGCCCUGGCCUCGCUCUUGACCGACUCGCUGCCAACUACUUCGCAAAAACAGGACGAUGUGACUUCUAUAAGAUGAGAGAGUCCUUUUUCCCCCUCACCCACUGUAUCGUCGCACUCAAAGGAAACCUACUUGUUCGUGCCAUGAGUUAUAGGGUGAGGGCCAUACUGGAGUCUGGGCUGUACGACCACUGGUUGAUGAGCAGUAUCCCCUUCUCCACCGUGUGUCGCCAUGCGCCCUCCAUCAUCACAGAGAGGGAAUCUCUCGCCAUCAACAACCUCUGGGGGAUGUUGGUGGUGCUGGGCGCAGGACUUCUGCUGGCUCUGGUCACCUUCUGUCUGGAACUUUAUGUCAACAAACGCAGUGGUGACGGAGUCUCAUAGUCCUCCACAUCGUCACGUCACAUCUCAACACCCAGCGCAACUGUGACGACUUAGCCACAUGUACUGAGUCUGUGUCACAAGCUCAUACUCAUCGGUACUGACAAGGCUAUGAGAAGUUGCCACUGAUCAUCAUCACCACUGACAGGGAAGUCGUCAAGCUGACCACCAACCUAUGCAGUUGAACCUGACAAUUAAUUUUUGUUUUGUUUUAUACAUUUUUAAAUAAGCCCGAGUAAUAGCAAUGUUCAGCCGGAAAGUUUCCAGCCAUUGUUCUACGCACCUGAAAUUUCCGUGUUAUAGCUACUCAGUACAGUACCUUUAUAUGUCUUAUUAAGUCUACUGAAAAAGUCUGACCGCAGUUAAUGUUUAUGUAUAAAUAAACUAUUAAACUAACA